CGGACCCGGACCCGGGGUUAGGGUCCCCGCAGCGGAGCUCCUGCGCGCCCCGGGCUGGUAAAUGCUGGAGGAUCCGGGGGAACCCACGAGUCACGCUGGCUGGUGGAGCCGCGAGGAUGUGGGCGCGCUGCGCGCCCCCGCCGCUGCUGCUGCUGGUGCUGGUGCUGGUGCUGGGAGCUCCGUGCACAGGGCUGAGCCACGCCGGGGCCGACACCACCCACUGUCUGUAUUACAACGUCAACUAUGAGAUGGAGAAGACCAACCAGAGCGGCGUGGAGCGCUGCGAGGCUGAGGCGGACAAACGCUUGCACUGCUACGCCUCCUGGAGGAACAACUCGGGCUCCAUUGAGCUGGUGAAGAAAGGAUGCUGGCUGGACGACUUCAACUGCUACGACCGGCAGGAGUGUGUGGCCACGGAGGAGAGUCCUCAAGUCUUCUUCUGUUGCUGUGAAGGGAACUUCUGCAACGAGAGGUUCACACACCUACCGGACAUCGGCGGACCACGUGAGUCCAGCACACCUCGGGUCUGGGUCUGGAGGGGAUCCAGGUCUGCGGUCCGGCUGAUCCGGUGUUCACGUCCGUGUGUUCUGUGUGUGUUAGUGAUCAACGGCCCCCCCAGCGCCGCUGGAGUGCUGAGCAUGCUGAUUUACUGUCUGCUGCCCGUCACCAUGCUGUGCGUGGUUCUGCUCGCCGCCGUCUGGAUGUACCGGCACCGGAAACCUCCAUACGGACACGUGGACAUCACCGAGGACCCCGGCCCCCCCUCCGGGUCCCCCCUGCUGGGGCUCAAGCCCCUGCAGCUGCUGGAGGUGAAGGCCCGGGGCCGCUUCGGCUGCGUCUGGAAGGCCCAGAUGUUGAACGAGUACGUGGCCGUCAAGAUCUUCCCCAUCCAGAACAAGGAGUCGUGGCAGAAUGAGAGGGAGGUGUUCCUGACGCCAGGUAUGAGGCACGAGAACAUCCUGAGGUUCAUCGGAGCCGAGAGACGAGGGAGCCACCUGGAGACGGAGCUGUGGAUCAUCACGGAGUUCCACGAGAGGGGCUGUCUGUCGGACUUCCUGAAGGGAAACGUGGUCAGCUGGUCGGAGCUGUGCCACAUGGCUGAGUCGAUGGCAUGUGGCCUGGCGUUCCUCCAUGAUGACAUCCCCCAGUUCAAAGGAGAGGAACACAAACCGGCCAUCGCUCACAGGGAUUUUAAGAGUAAGAACAUACUUCUGCGUUCAGACCUCACCGCUGUUAUUGGGGACUUUGGCCUCGGUGUCAGCUUUGAGCCAGGGAAACCUCCUGGAGAGACACAUGGACAGGUGGGCACCAGACGUUACAUGGCCCCGGAAGUUUUAGAAGGAGCCAUCAACUUCCAGAGAGACUCUUUUCUUCGAAUCGACAUGUACGCCAUGGGCCUGGUGCUGUGGGAGCUGGUGUCCCGCUGCAAGGCUGUCGACGGUCCGGUCGAUGAGUAUAUGCUGCCAUUUGAGGAGGAGGUGGGCCAGCAUCCAUCUCUGGAAGACCUACAAGAAGUUGUGGUCCACAAGAAGAUGAGGCCAGCCUUCAAAGAGCUCUGGCUCAAACACAGCGGUCUGGCUCACGUCUGUGAGACCGUGGAGGAGUGCUGGGACCACGACGCCGAGGCCCGCCUUUCAGCCGGCUGUGUAGAGGAGCGGAUCUCCCAGAUCCGGCGCCUCACCACCACCAUCGCUCCCCCUACUUCCGACAACCACGCUCUGCUGGUCUCCUCCAUCACAUCUGUUACCAUGGUAACCAAUGUAGACCUGACGCCCAAAGAGUCCAGCAUAUGAAGCUCUGUGGAGGCCUGAUGAUGUUACAGCUGAUUCCCUCAACGCUCAACUCCCUCAGAAAAAGAAAAACAAAGACUGAAUGAUACAUGAAUGCGCACAUGAGAUCAUCUGUUCUCUGUGGAAUGUUACUGGUGACAGAGCAGCUGCUAUUCUAUCGUUCUGGACCAUUUUUUUUAAACUUUUGUUGGGGUUUUUGUGGCUUCCAGCACAGAUGACCAGCACACAUCCUUGUUUCACCUCCAUGUUUAUCUCCGUGUCAAAUCAUUCACGUCUUUUUAAACAAGUGUGUGUUUUAUGUGAACAAGGACUCACCGAACCGCAUUCAGGUCCCAGCUCAGCGAAUGCCCUCUGAUCUCCAGGUACCCCAGUGACCAGGGUUUCUGCUCACACUAAUGUUUUUCUACUGUCUUCACAUCGGGAUUUUAUCUACCGACCUGGCAACCAUCUACCAUCAGCUGGCUGUUGGGAGUUGUUUCUUUUUUUUUGUUUCUUUUUUAACUAUGAUGCUGAAAAACCUUUGUAGGACUGUUACACCACGAACAGACACCCACGGCAAACUUUACAAGUUUAAACUUUUCCUACCUACUUCUUGGACUCUUUUGGUUUUUAUUGGUGUGUGAUCACAUGCUACUGUUAACACCAAGCAAACCUUCGGAUCCAACGGGUUGCAUCCAUAAAGAGCAGAAAUCCAGGUGUUUUGUGUUGAGCAGUUUGGAUUGGAGGCUGAGUGUGGAGAGAGGUGUGAUGGUGUGAUGGCUGUUAGGAGGCUGAAGCCUUGCAACCAUCGGCCACAGCAUCUCGCACGGUUAAGAAACAAAACUUCUCAGGUAACCAGGUCUACAGGGCCCGGGCGUCUGACGUGAUGUGGGGGUGUAGGUUUCUGCUGUGUGGAGAGGGCGGGGCAGGUGAGCCCACCGGGGGGGGGGGGGGGGUAUCUGAGGGUGCUCAGAGCCGCUUGGCUGUCCUGAAUAUAUAAACUUGCAAGGUGCUGAAACGAACCAAGGAGAACACAUUUGACCCUGAAAGUGGUGCAACACCAAUGUGCAUGGUGUGUUUAUGCAUUCAGGUGUGUGUGUGUGUGUGUGUGUGUGUGUGUGUGUGUGUGUGUGUGUGUGUGUGUGUGUGUGUGUGUGUGUGUGUGUGUGUGUGUGUGUGACCUGAAGGUCAGUGACAGGUCUGAGGUUUUUGACCGUUCUGCUGCAGUGGCUGCGUUUACAUGGGACGUUUAAUUCCUCUUUAAUCCAGAAUUAAAAUUAAAUCCGACAUAAAAUGAGUAAAAAUGACCAUGUAAACACCUAAUUCCAAAUGA